AUGCAUAAGGACGUCAUGGAGGGAAAUCGGGGGAUCGUGGCCUCUCUUGAUUGUGGUGAAUUGGAAAGCAAGAACAAAGAAGAACACAACACAAUCUGCAGAGUGGAGAAGGCGCGCAAAAAAUUGGAAUGUGGAAAGAGCUGCAGUCAGAGCUCCCAUUCCACUUCCCAUCAACGAAAUCGCAUUGGAAAGAAACCCUAUCGAUGCAUUGUAUGUGGAAAGAGAGUCAGUAGCAGCUCCGAUCUCACUUUCCAUCAAAGAAUUCAUAUAGGGGAGAAACCCUAUCAGUGCGUGGAAUGUGGAAAGAGCUUCAGUAGGAGCGACCAUCUCAAUACCCAUCAAAGAAUUCAUACAAGCUCCGAUCUCACUAAACAUAAAAGAAUUCAUACAGGGGAGAAACCCUAUCAGUGUGUGGAAUGUGGAAAGAGCUUCAGUCGGAGCCACAGUCUCACUUCCCAUCAAAGAAUUCAUACAGGGGAGAAACCCUAUCAGUGCAUGGAAUGUGGAAAGAGCUUCAGGAAGAACUCCAAUCUCACUAUGCAUCAAAGAAUUCAUACAGGGGAGAAACCCUAUCAGUGCAUGGAAUGUGGGAAGAGCUUUAGUAGCAGCUCCGAUCUUACUAAGCAUCAAAGAAUUCAUACGGGGGAGAAACCCUAUCAGUGUGUGGAAUGUGGAAAGAGCUUCGUUCAAAGCUGCAGUCUCACUUCCCAUCAAAGAAUUCAUACAGGGGAGAAACCCUAUCAAUGUAUGAAAUGUGGAAAGAGCUUCGUUCAAAGCCGCAGUCUCACUUCCCAUCAAAGAAUUCAUACAGGGGAGAAACCCUAUCAGUGCGUGGAAUGUGGAAAGAGCUUCAGGAAGAGCUCCGAUCGCACUAGGCAUCAGAGAAUUCAUACAGGGGAGAAACCCUAUCAGUGCAUGGAAUGUGGAAAGAGCCUCAGUAGGAGCUCCAGUCUCGCUAUCCAUCAAACAAUUCAUACAGGGGAAAAACCAUAUCAGUGUGUGGAAUGUGGAAAGAGCUUCGCUCAUAUCUACAAACUCACUUCCCAUCAAAGAAUUCAUACAGGGGAGAAUCCAUAUAAAUGCUUUGAAUGUGGGAAGAGCUUCACUCAUAACUCCUCUCUCACUUCCCAUCAAAGAAUUCAUACAGGGGAGAAUCAUGGAAUUGUAGAAUUGUGGAGCUGGAAGUGAACCCUGGUGCAAUCUAUUCAACCCCAUGUGAUGCAGGAAUAGCAAGUAAAGCAUCCAUGACAGAUGACCAUCCAACUUCACUUGAAAACCUCAAAGGAUGGAAAUUCCCGCACUCCCAAGGGAGUCCAAUCCACUAACAGCUUUUGCUGUCAAAAAGUUCUUCCACAUGUUUAGUCAGUCUUGUUUUUUAAAAAUAAAAAACUUGAUGCCAUUGAUUUGUGUCCUACCCUGUGUAGUAGGAAAAAACGAGCUAAAAAUGAUAGAACAAAGAAAAAUCUUUCCUUCCUCGGAAUUAAAAUAAUGAACAAAAAAAUCAGAAAGC